CUCUAAAAUAGUUGACAGAAGGAUAGAAACCUCCAGUGAGGAGGUAUCUCGGUCUGCAGCACCUGGUCAAAAUCAAUAUGAUCAUAACUCAGCUGUUUUCAUAUCAGAGGACAGAUGAUGUGGAGCUGCUUCCAAACAGAAGAGGAGACAGAGAAACAGCAGCAGCAGCAACGGUACAGUCAAGUGAUCCUGAACAAUUAGUGAAAUGAUCAGAGACCUGUCUGAAGUCCCACAGUGAGGAGGACGGAGAGGAGACAAGAUGGACAAACUUCUUCUGCUCAUCAUGGCUGCAUCAGAGCUGAGUGCUGUCUCAUCAGCUGCUGGACUUCAGUACUAUUUUGUUUAUGACAGGAAGAACUUUACUGAAGCCCAAAGAUACUGCAGAGAGAAACACACAGACCUGGUCACUGUAGACAGCAUGGAGGUUAUGAAUAACCUGACCAACAUGGCAGAUUUAGACAACAUGGUCUACUCCAACAACAGCUACAGAGCCUGGAUAGGACUGUCUGGUGACAGCUGGAGGUGGUCACUGUCAGACACAAGUUUCUACAAACCCGGGGAGACGGAGUUCAGACGAUGGUACCCUGGACAACCAAACGCUGGAUACAGUGGAAAAGCCUGCACAGUGAUGUUUUCUUAUAAUGGACUCUGGUACAUCCACGGUUGUAACGUCGGCCGUUAUCCAAUCUGUACAGAUGUCAGAGGAUCAGAUGUGACUUUUGUCUCCAUCUACACCCCUAUGAACUGGACUGCAGCCCAGAGCUACUGCAGAGCUCACCACACAGACCUGGCCAGUGUGAGGAACAUGGCAGACAACCAGAAGUUACAGAAGGUGAUAGCUGGAGGAUACUAUAGCUGGAUCGGCCUUUUCAGAGACCCCUGGAAGUGGUCAGAUGGAAGUACCUCCUCAUUCAGCUUCUGGAAGAACGGGCAACCUGUUAACAACGGGAACGAGACUUGUGUGGCUGCAGACUUCAGCCAAUCAGGAGCCUGGGAGGUCUGGCCCUGUGACAUGGAGAGAGCUUUCAUUUGCUACGGUCCAGGUGAGUGCUAA